AUGCUCUGGUUUUACAGAAACAUCUGGAUUACCAACCUGUUGGGAGGCAAGGAAACCGUAUUUCAGGCAGGUGCUGUGCCCCACACUCAGUCCAGGAUCAUGGAGGGAUGGGAAUGCAUGAAAAACUCCCAACCGUGGCAGGUGGUUGUGGUCCAUAAGAACAAAUAUGGAUGCAGAGGUGUUCUGGUUUACCCCCAAUGGGUGCUCAUGGCCGUGCACUGCAAGGACCCCAGCCAUGACCUGAUGCUGCUCUGCCUGACACAGCCUGUCCAGAUCACAGAGGCUGUGAAGCCCGUGAACUUGCCUCCGGCUGGGGCAGCAUCAAACCAGACAGGAACAGAGUGUAGUGACUCUGGGGGCCCAGUGAUCUGCAACGAUAUGCUCCAAGGAAUGUCCUCAUAG